AUGGACAACUUCGCUCAAUUUUCCUUGACGGAAGCAACAGUUUAUCGGUUUGCUCCUGGCCCCAGACGGCUCAAAGAGAGUCUGCCCUCCCAAGACAGUGCUGAUGAAUCCGAGUCCGGGAGACUCGUUCGUAAUCGACCCUUGAAAGAGAGAGCAUCCUCUAUAACUGACAAAGAUAAGGUCACGAAGGGACCCCAAGGACCCCCCAUUCCCUCCAGAUCCGUCAUCUGGGAUAAACUACCUGCAUUCUUUACGGAUAACCCAGUGAACAUCCCACCGAUUGUUCACCAUGGAUCGGUAGCUAUCUUUGAGAAUGGGACUCGCCUGAAAUGGUAUCAAUCUCUCGACCUUGCCCGGUUAUGCAAUCGAGAGAAAGGUGAAAUGGUUUGCGAUGGUAAUGUCUAUAAUAACACUGGGUUUAUUUUGGGAUACGAGAUGGGAUACGGAAAGACCCCGACGGCACUGGCAUUGAUAUGCUGCAAUCCCGCGAAACCCAAUAGGACGGAAUCUCGAUCAACGCUAGUUCUUUGCCCGAAUCAAGGGAUCAUGAAGCACUGGUCUUCGGAAGCUAAGAAGUUUGCUCCGAAACUCAAGGUGUGCUAUUAUGACUCUAUUUCUACGACUUUUGAUGAAAAGGCGGAUAUCAUUCUUGCGACUUUUAGUCAACUUCGCAAUCAGCAUCGUAUUGUCUCAAAAGAUCCAAGCCACAAGGCGAAGACGCCGUUAUACAACAGGCGCUUUUAUCGCGUAAUUGUAGCUAAUUCAUGA